AUGAAUCCCCAGUGCCUACGAGCUCUACCACGAGCGCCCUCCAGCGCAUCAGUCGCCCUGCGCCAUCCACCCCGCCCCGAGCUCACUCGACUCUACGCUACACAGACCGGCCCACGGCCAAAACGGAGAAAUAUCACAGUCCUCUCAGACGACGGGCGAUACGAUUGGGGUGAGCUAAGUGGGCGGGAGAAGGUUUCACGGGCGACACAGCAAUCAUUCAAUUUCGUGGUUGUGUUGGCCGGCGCUGUCCUCACGGGCGGUGUCGCCUAUCUAUUUUACACAGAUGUUGUUUCCCCGAAUAGCCGGACGUGGCAGUAUGAGAAGGCCGUUGAGCGGGUGAAGGAUGAUGCGCGGUGCAUAAAGCUUUUGGGUGAUCGGAGGGAAAUUAGGGCCCAUGGGGAGACGACGAAUAGUCGCUGGGCACGGAAUCGGCCUAUCGCAUCUACUAUUGAAAAGGACCGGCUAGGCCGUGAGCAUCUUCGGAUGAACUUCCACGUCGAGGGCCCACUCAACUCCGGCAUCGUUCACGUGCAUAUGAUGAAGCCCUUGGAUAAGAAUGAGUGGGAGUACCAGCUUCUUGCUGUAGAUGUCAAGGGCCACUCCCGUAUCAUCUUAGAGAAGGCUUCUGAAAAACCAAGUGUGGCCAGCUCGCUGAAGCUUUUCGGUAUCCAGUGGCGCUGA